ACGAAGAGUGACAGAAAGAGACAGCUUAUGGAGAGGAAGCAUCACAUUUCACCAGGAUGUCUGUGAAAUCUGUUUCAGUUCUGCUACUGCUGCUACAGCUGAGCUGUUGCUUCAGCUCUGGGAGUUGUGGGAAAGUGCUGGUGUGGCCUAUGGAAUUCAGUCAUUGGAUGAAUAUGAAGGUAAUCCUGGAUGAACUUGUCCAGAAGGGUCAUGAAAUCACUGUUCUGAGAUCUUCAGCUUCUGUUUUAAUUGAUCACAAGAAACAAUCUGGAAUUAAAUUUGAAACUUUUCCUACAACUUCCACUCAAGAAGAACUGGACGUCUUUUUCACAAACUGGGUCAAUAUAUUGAUAAAUGAUGUGUCAAGAGAAAAAUAUUGGGAAUAUUUUCCACUAUGGCAAAAAUUCUUUUUACAAUAUUCUGAAAUUUAUGAGAAUUUUUGCAAAGACCUAGUUUUAAACAAGAAACUCAUGACAAAACUGCAAGAAUCAAAGUUUGAUGUGGUUUUUGCAGACGCCAUUGCUCCCUGUGGUGAGCUGCUGGCUGAGUUUCUGAAAAUACCCCUUGUGUACAGUCUUCGCUUCACUCCUGGCUACACGUAUGAAAAGUAUAGUGGAGGACUUCUGUUUCCUCCUUCCUAUGUGCCUGCUAUUACAUCUGUUAUAAGUGGUCAAAUGACAUUUACAGAAAGGGUAAAAAAUGUGCUAUGGAUGCUUUAUUUUGACUUUUGGUUCCAAACAUUUAACGUGAAGAGGUGGGAUCAAUUCUACAGUGAAGUACUAGGAAGACCUGUUAGUUUCUAUGAGCUAGUGGGGAAAGCUGAUAUUUGGCUCAUUCGAAGCUACUGGGAUUUGGAGUUUCCUCGCCCACUACUGCCAAAUUUUGAAUUUGUCGGAGGGCUCCAAUGCAAACCUGCCAAACCUCUGCCUAAGGAGAUGGAAGCCUUUGUGCAGAGCUCUGGGGAAGAGGGAGUGGUGGUGUUUUCCCUGGGGUCCAUGGUCAGCAACAUGACAGAGGAAAGGACCACUGUGAUCGCAUCAGCCCUUGCCCAGCUGCCACAAAAGGUUCUUUGGAGAUUUGAUGGCAAGAAACCUGACACCUUAGGACCUAAUACCAGGCUCUAUCAGUGGAUCCCUCAGAAUGACCUUCUUGGGCAUCCAAAAACCAAAGCUUUUAUUACUCAUGGUGGAGCCAACGGAGUGUUUGAAGCGAUCUAUCAUGGCAUCCCAAUGGUGGGCCUUCCUUUGUUUGCAGACCAACAUGAUAACCUUGCCCACAUGAGGGCCAAGGGAGCAGCUAUUAGAUUGGACUGGAAAACAAUGUCAAGUUCAGAUUUCCUCAAUGCCUUGAAGACAGUCAUUAAUGAUCCUUCCUAUAAAGAGAAAGCCAUGACGUUAUCAAGAAUUCACCAUGAUCAGCCCAUGAAGCCCCUGGAUCAAGCAAUAUUCUGGAUUGAGUUUGUCAUGCGCCACAAAGGAGCCAAACACCUUCGGGUUGCAGCCCAUGAUCUCACCUGGUUCCAGUAUCACUCCUUGGAUGUGAUUGGGUUCCUGCUGGCUUGUCUGACAAUCACUACUUACCUUGUUAUAAAAUGUUGGUUGCUUGUUUAUCAAAAUAUUCUUAUGACAGGAAAGAAGAAAAAGCGAGAUUAGCGCUCUUUCAAACCUAGGGCUAGCAUCCCUGAUACAUGAGAUGAUGCCAUUAAUUCAACCACUAAGGAUGUCAAGAUUGUUGAACUGUCUUCUUGUCUAAACAUUAGAGAACUCACAAUUAUAAUUUCAUAUAUCCUCAGAUAAUUUUAUCCUAAUGUUAAACAUUAUAUUUAUUAUAAUAACUGAAAAAAUGAAUCUCAUGGGAAUUCAGUCUGUUAGUUUUAGAAGAUUCUUGAUGUUCAUUUUCCAUUUUCAUAAACAUCAUUCACUUGAAUAUAACACAAUCAAGUAAAAAUAUAUGUAUCCUUGCCAUAAGAAGCUAGAGCUGGAUCUCUGAUAUACAUCAUAAAACAGUUAUCUAGAUCAUUCUCGUGGUUGAAGGACUCAAGUAUAAAUUGACUUCAAUAUCAUUCAGGAAUAAAGUGACUCUGAUUUAAAAAAUAAUGCAAGAAAGAAAGAAGCUUAACCCAAAAGGGACUAUUCAAAUUCAUGUAAAUGGAAAAUUUGUUAAAAACAAUUUGGAAAGGUGGCUUUAACAAUGCCGUAUUGCAAUUUAGCAGGAUUGAGUUUUCUUGAGCAAAGAGUAGAAUGAAAACUUGGUUUACCUUUAAGGAUACAACUCAUGAUUUAUUUCAGAUGGAAGACAAGCUAACUUUGAUGAUUUCUUAGUGUGUGUUUCGUAACAUUUUUACCUACAAGAAGUUUACUGUUUAACAUUUUUCAUGAAAUACAAAACAUCUCAUCAUGUAAUCUUUUGUUUAGUUUUAAAAAAUGGAGUGGAUUGUCUCAUCUAAAUUUCUUCAAUAUCAUCAAACAUUUGCUUAUAAAGAAGGAAGACACUUUCCACAUGAGGUUCUGAAUGUACUUGAAUGACAAUUUUCCCUUUAUUUAAAGAUAAUGUCAACCUAGAUAGUAAGUAAGAAAAUAAAAGUGGAGACUAGCUCCCUUUAGAUUUGAUUGGUAGCUCAGGCCCAACAAGUUCCAUCUAUUAUCUUUGGAAAUUGCUAAGUUUCUCCCUCCUUCAGUAAGAACUACCAUUUCUUACCUUAUCUUGUAAAGUCAGAUUCUUUCAACUGAUUUAAUGGAUAGAGAAACCAGAAGUUCAUGUUAUGUUUUUAUAUAGUCUUUCCUCACAAUGCAUAGAAUGGAAUGAAUGAAAAUCCAAAUAUGUACAUCAAGGUUUACAGCAGUUUCAAUGGCAAUAUGUCUCCACAUCAUACCUUUAGAGUGUUAACUAGAGCUUUCUGAACCAGUACACAUAAUUUAAAAGCAAAGAGAGAAAAAAAUGACACAAGUUGAGCGCAAAGUUUUUGCCUGACAAAUGAUAUAUUUAAGUAGCAAGAUGGAAGAGAAGUUUAUUUACCAUCUUUAAAACCUAGGAAAGAUUUUUACAGCAUUCUUCUAAAAAAUUAUUUUUAGCAAUGGUUAUCAAUGAAAACCAUUAUGAUGAUUAUGCCUAGAAAAUAAAUAAGCACUGGAUACUUUCUUUUGUUAAAUUUUGAACUUGUAAUCAAGUCACUAAUAUGCAAAAUGCAGGGGGCAGAUUUUUAUGAUGUGGUAGUUUAGGCUGGCACUUGGGAUGACUUCAUCCCAUUUUGGAUGCCAACUCAAGACCCUGCUGCUGCAUUUCUGAUGAAUGUUCCUGCAUUCCAGCUCUGAGACAACUGAAGAAAAUUCAAGUGCUUGGGGCCCCCAUGACCCACAUGUGAGACUCAUGUGGAGUUCUUGGCUUUGGUAUUCAGUCCAACUGAGCCCUGGAUCUUGUAGGAACUUGGGGAGUGUGCUACAGGAUUAAAGAUUUCUCUACAUCUCUCUGUUUCUUUCAAGGUAGUGAAAAAAAAAGCAUUAAAUAUAAAAAUGUGCAAACUAACUGAGCACCUAAAAGGAAACCUGUAGAAGUGAAACUGACACUAUGAGAAACAAUGACUUGAUCAGCCCUUGUCCUGUCAAGGAACAGCUUACUAUUUUAUUCUUUUUAGUAUUUUCUUGUUCUACAUAAUACCAUUGGUUGAACUCUUUAAUUAACACAUAAUUAUUCUUAGGUGUUUAAGUUUAACUGAAAAUUGAUCCCAGUUGAAAAUAAGAGUGGGAAUAAGAGAGGGAGGAGAUGUACAGUUUGGCACAUGCUCACUUGAAUUUACCCCUAAUGGUAAAGCUAGAAAUGUGCCAUGAGACUCCGAAUCCCAUUAAGUUGGCAUGUACCAAUGCCAUCUGACUAGCUAAAGUGAUAAGUUUAAGUUCAUAAUUGAUCAUAAAAAUAGGAUUAUGUGUCAAAAUAAUCACAUAAAUAAGACCAAUGUCUGCUAAUAAUCAUUGAUAGAAAUAAAAAGGAAAGAACAACCCAACAUAGGAAGCAGGAUACACAGCAGACUCAUAGAAUGGCAAAUGCCCUAAAUAGCACUCUGGCCUCAGAAUCAGCCCUUAAGGCAUUUGGAUCUGGCUAAAAAGCCCAUGAGAAUUUCUCAGGCAUGGAAAGCCAAGACACUAUGGCAAAACAUGGCAUAAAUAAAAGAUCUCUGUGAGUGAGAUCCCAGUGUAAAGAACGGGCCAUCAAAGAAGGAGGUACCUUUCUCUGAAAGGAGGAGCGAACUUCCACUUUGACUAUGGCCUUGUCUAAAUAAGGUCGGAGUUUGUGAACUCAAGAGGCUUCCAUAGCCUUGGCAGCUCAUUACCAGAGCCUCGGGUGAUUACUGACAUCAUAAAUAAGAGUGUCAAUUGUUAAAUCAACAAUGGGAGUCACUGUGCACCUACUCCAUAUAGGAUCUCUGUCCUUAAUGUGCUGUACUAUUCGAAUUAACGGUAAAACUACUACUCUAACAGUACUCUAUACUUUGUGUUUCUGUGUGGGUUCAAUCUGUUGAAAUCUUUACUUAGUAUAUACUAACUUGAUCUUUUGUAUAUAAAGAUAAUUAAAAAUGAAUCUUAAUGAAGAAUGGGAUGAGAGACGGUGUAGUAGAUGGGAUGGUCUGUGGGUGGGAGGGUGGUUAUUGGGGGAAAACCACUAUAACCAAAAGUUGUACUUUCAAAAUUCAUAUUUAUUAAUAAAAUUUUUCUUAAAAUUUUUAAAAAUAAAAAUGUGUAAUAAAUAUUAAAAAUACAGGAGAUGGGAAAGUGA